AUUAAUAAUAAAAAUAAAUUAAUUAAUGCCAAUAAAAUUAAUUUAAAUGCCAUUAAAGAUAAGUCCAAUAUGAGUGUCGGCGAUAAACUACAACAAGAUUAUAAUGGCCAGCAAACUGCUAAUACCGUAAACCCGACGGCCAUCGGUAAAAAGCCAUCGAAAUCUAUUGCUCAUCAUUUGUCAUCAUCACAGCCCACAUCAUAUUCUACAUCCAUUUCAUUGCCAUCUAUGCCACCGAUGCCAACGCCACGAACCGCCAAUUUUGCUGCCGCAACACCAACAACGACAACUGUCAACAACUCGUCAUCUAUGAGUGACCCGUUGAUUGACCGAACCCCAUGUGGAUCGGCCUCAUUGACUCCACACUCGGACGUGUCCUACGAGACACCGCCGCACGUGCGCUGGAGUCACGAUUUUUAUCAUUUGAUUUACGAUGAAAAGGGCGCCGACCUGUUCAUGAAGUUUUUAGUACAAUCGGGCGGCGGACUAGAAAAUCUACUAAAGUUUUGGUACGCUUGCGAAGGUCUCAAACAGAUAGCACCGGAGGACAGGGAGAAGAUUAAGAAAGUUGUCGGUGCCAUAUAUAAGAGGUUUAUCAAGUAUGCCAAUACUAUACCACUGUCCGACAAUGUCAGAGAAACACUCAAAAAAGACUUGUUGAGCGAACCGACAGCUGAUCAUGAUUUAGAUCCGCGAUAUAACCAACAGGUGUUCAACGCCGCCCAACAAGAAGUCGAGGAGCAACUAAAGAGUGACAUUUAUUUAAAUUUUUUCCAAUCGGAUACGUAUAUAGAAUAUAUUGCAAGCAUCAGUGAUGACCAACCAAUGGGUGCCGUCGGUGGCACCGCCGAAGUUGCAGCCAGUGAUUACACAGUCAACAUCACAAACAUUGAUGAAACUCAUUCGUCAAACAACAUCGAUUCGAUGUCAUUCGUAUCGAUGGAAUCCAGUCUCGAAGAUUACAGUUCUCACAGCGAGUUCGGUGAUUACAAAACACUGCCCACAGUUUUUGAAGACUCGGAGUUUCAAACGUCCGCCAAAUCUGGUGACGCGUCCAACAACAGUGCCGAUAGAUCUCACAUUAGUCACAAGUUUAAUAUGUUUAUGGAUGGCCGGCCAACACGGGUAUCGCCAAACAUAUUGAAUCGUCGUCUAAAAAAUUUGAAAGCUCAACGUAAUACUAGCGGCGGUUUGCAUCUGCCAAAAGUUAUCAACGAACCGCAUCCGAUUGGCAACAACAAUGUCCGACGGCUGGGAAUGCAGUCAUAUAUGAGGUCAAAAGCGAUGCCCACUCCGCCAAACCCGUAUCACGUGACAUAUGCGCCACAUUUGCCACCAUCGGCUCAGGACACCAGUACCAAUGUGUCCACUUCUUCUCAUUCAACCAACAAUUCAAUGUCUUUAACGAACGGACCACAACUGGAGGGUUCCCGUGAAAACAGGAAUAUCAGAAACAAGAAGAUCGGUCAGUCGAAUCUGGAGAUCCAACAGAUCCAGCAAAAUGCCAAACUCAAUACAAUCAAUGGUCAGAUUAAAAAUAAUUUCUUAUUACAUCAGCCGCGAACAAUGCGUCCAAUGGAUGGUUCACAUCGUAUUCAGCCGUCAAAUGUCGACGAAUUCGCUAAAGUUUUGAUGAUUAAGUUGGAAGCCGUCAGAACAAAGAUGGAGAAACUCGACACAAAUGACAAAAGUCUGAAAGAAAAAUUGAUUGUAUUGUGUGAACAGCAAACAGCCAACAACAACACCAAUGUGACAGAAGUAGCCGUUUGUAAGCCAAACAUUCGGGAUCUGAUUAAAGAGAAACCGUUUGCACCAGAAGAAGAUAACGAUGAUAUACUCGGCAAACAUAUUGCUCUGACUAUUGAUACGCCCACUGAGACUCCCGAAUCAAUUGUCAGGUGUCGUCUGUCACCGCCCAAGAGUUACGGGAAUCACGGUUUUCAUCCAAAGUCUUCUUUUGAUCACAAUCCCGGAACUGUUCCAACAACUAAGUCUAUGCCGUCAAUACAAUCAAUGCCUCCGCCGCCCACGACGAUGUCACGCGUGAGCUACGGUAAACAGCCAACUGUGGUCAUUAUUGUUAAGUAUUCGACCGAACCGAUGCCUUAUCGAUUGCCAGUGGCCGGUACUUCGGUUACGUUUCGUCAAUUUAAACGUACGAUACCAUACAAGGCCGGCAAUUGGCAGUACUAUUUCAAACGCAAAUGCGACUCAAAAGAGAUAAUAGAGUUGUCCACACCGUUUGUCUUAGAAAAGAUUACCGAAGAUAACAUUAUUUUGCCGCAAAUCGAUGGUAAAGUUUAUGCCGAAAUCCAAGAAUCCAGUUGACCGUAAAAUAUGAGCUGACAUAACAACACUUCAAAACCC